UUUGGACCCCGCAGCUCCUGCCAAAGAAUAUCAGAGACACACAGCAGACUUCCAGGAUGAUUCAUAUGAAGGUCAAAUGGUGCCUCGGCUUUGUCCUGGUUAUUUACCUCGCCUUGAUACACAGAAGUCAAGGUGAAUCUCAGGUGAUUUGUCCAUCUCAGCCGAUAGUGGCAACAGUUGGUAAUGACAUCAUCUUUCUGUGCCGCCUGGAACCCCCCAUAAGUGCUUUGGAGAUGACAGUGGAGUGGGCGAGACCUGACCUGAACCCCAGAUUUGUCCUCGUGUGGCGUGACGGAGUGGAACUGGAGAGUAAAAAACAUCUUUCCUUCAAGGGAAGAACAUCAGUGUUCAUCGAUGAUCUGGAACACGGAAACAUUUCACUGAAACUGUCAAAAGUGAAACUUUCCGAUCAGGGAACAUACAGAUGCUUCAUUCCACAAUUAAAUAAAGACUCUACUAUUAAGCUUGAUGUUGGUGCUGUCUCCUCACCUGUUGUAAAUAUGACCAGAAACAGCAGCAUGGUGGUGUUACAGUGUGAGUCUAAAGGCUGGUAUCCACAGCCUGAGGUGUUCUGGCUGGACGGUGAGGGAAACCUCCUCUCUGCUGGACCUACAGAGACAGUCAGAGGUCCUGAUGGUCUCUAUACUGUCAGCAGCAGAGUGACUGUGGAGAAUAAACACAGCAACAACUUCACCUGUAAAGUUCAACAGACGAAGAUCAACCAGAUCAGAGAGACACACAUUAUUGUUCCAGAUGAUUUCUUCCCAGUCCCGGACCUGCCUGAUCCUACAUCCAGUUCCAGUUCAUUUGUUCCUACCAUCAUUGGCGUGAUUAUUGGCAUUGUCUUCAUUCUUGCAGUUGUUUUUGUCGUGUGGAAAUUGAGACAAAACAAACUCAAGAACAAGAAGAACAACGAGGAUGAAGAAACACAGAGAAUGAGAGAGACAAGCAACUCCACAAGUAAUGAUCCAGAACAAGAAUCCCUGAUAAAAACAGAGAAAGAAAGAGAGAUGAUGAAGAAUGAGGACAAGAAGAUGAACUCCUUUAGUGAAGAAACAAAACUUCAAUGUGAAACAGGGAAGGAAACACAUCAAAGAGAAACUAACAAUGUUCUGGUCCAGACACAAGAAGGAACAGUGCAACAAGCUGUUAAUGAAGUAGCAAACCUUUCUGUUCCAGUAAAGGAAGAAACAGACAAACUACUGAAAGAAGGAAGGACAAAAACGGGUUUGGACAAGAGAGAAAAAGAGACUGAACCAACAAGUAAAAGAGCAGAAGCUACAGCUUCAGCAGAAACAUACCAACAACAGUCAGAGCAACAGUCUGUAAAUAAUGAUGGAGAAGGACAACCAGUGGGUAUCAUAGCAGGAGAAGUAAAGAAAAAUGAGGAAGAUGAAGAAAAGAAAAGACAAUCUACAACUGAAGCAGAAAAAGAGAAGGAGACAGAAAUGGACAAUGAGAGGGAAAUACUUCUGAAACAACUACAGCCAAAAGAAAGAGAAGAGAAAGCAUAUGAAGAAAAGAUUUUAAAAUAUAAUAGACUUAUGAAGGAACAAGAGUUUAAGAUAAACCAACUCAGAGAACAGCUGGAGGAGGUGGAGAAGAAGCUUCAGUCAGUAAACAGUGAAAAAAACGAGAUGGAUGCGGAAACACAGAAAGUUGCAGCAGCAGCAGAAGAAAUACAUAUAAAGAAUGAUCUGGAGAGGAAGAAGGCAGAACUUCAGAAAGACUUACAAAAAACAGAGAAAGCACUGCAGAGAAACAAGAGAGAGUCAAAUAAUGCAACACAAAAUAAAAUGAAAAAAUCAAAUGAAAAGAAAGAGAUUAUUGAAAAAUUAGAGGAGAUUGAAAAACAGAACACAAAUCAGAGUGAUUCAGACGAUGAUCUUUGAUGCUGUGAAAGUCAAAAGAGGUUCAACAGACAAACUUUAAAUCUUCAUUUGAACAGCCUUCAGCUGUUUAGAGGCCCAAUGAAACGUUUGUAUGUGAAGCAUUUACAUGUUUAAUGUAAUACUAGAAUAUGUAAAUCAUUAUCAGCAGAUAAACUGACAUUUAUUGUGCUAAUUAAGAGAAGAUUUAAAUCUGCUGAAAUAGUUUUACUCAAUUAAAUGUUCAUGAAAAAGUUUGUUUUCUGGUCAAAAAAGAAAUGAAAAAGAUGCGAUAGUUAUUCAUGUUGCAACUAAUUUAUGAAAUGUUACCAAACCUUGUAGCCACACAAAUACAAAUAUGUAUCUUACAUAAAAAUGUUACACAACAGUUAUACACAACUGUGACACUCUCAGUUUGCAGUGUUGCCUGAAUUUGUCAUUUUUAUAUGAUUGGAACUAUAACGUCCACAUUUCUGCCUUUUGCAACAUCUCAGUGGAAAAUAUGAGUACAGAAAGUCGACCCUCUUCUCAGCAAUCAAUACCAGAGGUGCAACUAAUGAUUCAUUUUAUUAUUAAUCUGUCCAUUAUUUUCUGGAUUAUUCAAUUAGUUUGUUUCCUAAAGUGUUCUCAAAUGUCUUGUUUAAUUCAUUUCAGCUCUGGUUCAGACUAACUUUAUGUGAUUGUGAUGUUGUAAUACAGUCUCCUAAACAUCAGAGCUGAUGGAUCCUAAAACUUGGUGCUACGUGAUGCUGAGUCUGAUAGUAGCCAUAUGUUGCUCAAGUGUAACAGGAAACUGAUCUAAUUUUCAUAUAACUGAAUGUUGCCUUUAGUAGUGUAAACAUGCCAUCAAUACAUUGUUUCUUUUGUUUAAAAAAGUCCUGUAAUUUUGCUAUUAAUCUGCUGAAGAGUUUAUUUUACAGAUAUACGGAUAUGUUUUAUCCUCAGUGUAUUUUUCAGUUUUGUUUUUAUAGAGGUGGAUUAUUAGUUUGAAACAGACACCGAGCUUUCUGUUCAUCUAAACUUAUGAUGCAGACUAAUUUAUGUAUAUAGAUUAUUUUAUAUUAUGUCCUAUCUUUUUCUUCUCUCUCUCUCCUUGUUUUAAAUAUACUUUUAAAUACUUAUCAGUCAGUCUAUUUAAAAAUAUACUUGUAAAUAUUUACCACCAGGUACUUCAUUUGAACCUUUAGCCUGAAGAAGUCAAAUUGGACUUCAUUCAAUGUCACCUGCUGUGAAUGUGAUAAUAACAGCUCUUUAAUCUUUACUGUGGUUCAUCUGUAAAUUGUUAUUGUUGUGAGAUUAUUGUUUUGUGCUGUGUGAAUAAAUUUAAAGUGAUAUCAGU